UAAUACCCCCUAAGGCAAACAGAUCCAAGAUGGCGGCCACGUUGAGGUUGAUGAACUUUUCACGAAGUCACUUGUAUUGUGGUUUGAGGAAAUAYUCUUCGAAAGGCUUCCACCCUCAGUUACACGAAGUGGUGAUUGUCAGUGCAGCCAGGACUGCUGUUGGAUCUUUUAGAAGCUCUCUUGUCAAUAUUCCUGCCACAAAGCUUGGUUCAAUAGCAAUCAAGAAUGCYGUGGAAAGAGCAGGUGUUCCUAUUUCUACUCCAUGUACCACAAUCAACAAAGUGUGUGCUUCAGGCAUGAAGUCAAUUAUGAUGGCAGCACAGAGCCUUCAGUGUGGCAGUCAAGAUGUUAUGGUGGCUGGUGGAAUGGAGAGCAUGUCUAACGUACCAUUUCUUGUUUCUCGUGAGGCGCCGACGUAUGGCGGUCAUUUAAUGGAGGAUGCGAUCGUAAAGGAUGGCUUGUGGGAUGUAUACAAUCAAAUACAUAUGGGAAGUUGUGCAGAGAACACAGCUUCAAAGUACAACAUCACGAGAGAGGAACAAGAUGAGUACGCAGUCAGUUCCUAUAAAAGGUCAGCGGCUGCAUGGGAUGCUGGAAAGUUCAASAAUGAAGUUGUUCCCGUGAAUAUUCCACAGAAAAAAGGUAAACCAGAUGUCAUCUUUCAAGAAGACGAAGAAUUCCGCAAGGUCAAUUUUGACAAGCUCAGCUCACUGAGGACAGUCUUCAAGAAAGAUAAUGGUACUGUAACUGCAGGUAAUGCCAGUACUCUUAAUGACGGAGCAGCAGCUUUAGUCUUGAUGACAAGAGAAGCGGCGGAGAGACUCAAUGUGGAACCACUAGCAAGUAUCAUAGGUUUUGCUGAUGCAUCUGUUGCACCCAUUGAUUUCCCAAUUGCCCCUGCGGCAGCAAUGCCAAAGCUUCUAAAACAAACACACCUUAAGAAGGAAGACAUUUCAAUGUGGGAGAUCAAUGAAGCUUUUAGUGCUGUUGCACUGGCAAACAUCAAGAUAAUGGACUUGGAUCCCAGCAAAGUCAAUAUUCAUGGAGGAGCUGUUUCCCUAGGGCAUCCUAUUGGUAUGUCCGGUGCUCGACUCAUCUGCCAUCUUGCUCACAACCUUAUGCCAGGAGCUUUGGGAUUGGCUAGUAUUUGUAAUGGCGGCGGUGGAGCGUCCGCCAUGAUCAUACGAAAGCUAUGAUAUCCAAGCAGUAAAAUCUAAAAUAUUUAAUACGCUAUAGUUUAUCCUGCAAGUAUAACUUGUAGUCCUUGGACGCUUUCCAUUUGUUCGAAUUGUUAUGAAAUUAGAGGUCGAAUAUUCCGGAAUAAUCGGGGUCCAUUUGCAGUUUUUUUCUGUUUCCCGCGCUUUUCUUGCCCCGGUUGACGCGCGUACCAUUUGUAUUUCCCGCUCUUUUCGUUUGUUCCGGUCGACGCGCGUACCAUUUGAAUUUCCCGCUCUUUUUGGAUAAAAAGCUGGACUGAACACACGACCAAUAUUUCGGAAAAAAAUGGAUUGCAAUGCAUUUUAAACUUUAUUUAUAUUACAAAUGGAAAAUUAUUUUACGUGGACUAAUGGAAAGUGCUCCUGGUCURCCAUCUGUACUUGCCAAAUAUUUGUAUUCAGUCAGGAAACUGAAAGGAUAUUCUGUAGUCUUGGGCAUCCUGUGGUUUUUACAAUGUCAGUUCUAAGUGUGUUGUAUUGUAUCUUUAUGUUAUAAUGUAUUAUAUUCAAUGUGCAAAGGAUUCGCUUUCCUGUGUUUUUUGUGAAUGUUAGUACGAGAACGAAGUUUAGUGUAAUACUAUUUGCAAAUGUAAAACUUACUAAAAUAUAGUUUAUGCGUUUUGAAAUAGAAUUUUUAAUGGACUACAAGUUUAAUGUUUGUAAAA